CCGGUUUACGCCUGUGCCAGCACGCGCGUGGUUUCCCCUCAGCUUCCCUGUUCAGCACGGAAAACGUCAUCCUUCCUGUUGAUGACUCGAGCUACUGGAAAAGAAACGGUGAUUUCCCCACGUGAGUGUACAAAACUCGUCAGCUGGCGUGGCUCUUCACUAUUUCGAAGUACUUCUUUUCAAAGCUCGGAGUAGAGAGUACCGUACACGGCGUACCAUGGCUGAAAAAAGCGGACUCUUCUUGCUUUUCCUGCACGCUGUAUGUUUGGCAAACGUCGUGUCAGGAGCUAAAGUGUGUUGGCGCAAAUUCGACCCUGCCACAAGAAGGUGUUCGGAAGAGAUCGAGGCGGAUGGAGACUAUAGUAGUGCAGAGGAGUGCUGCAGUCAAGAGCCCUUGGCGCAGGGAUAUUCUAGAAACCUGAAGGGAAAAAGAUGCGUACCUUGUGCUGAAAUCAGGGCUGCUGAUGAUGAAGAAAGGGAAGGUUGGACUGAGUGGGGCGGCUGGGAGGGCUGCACUACCAGCUGUGGCCAGGGGUGGCAGUACAGACGCAGGCGGUGUCAGGGCGACCCGGAAAACUGUGACGGUCCCGAGACACAGGUGCGACCGUGUGACCAGGAUCCAUGCCCAGUUGCGGGUAGCUGGGGUGAGUGGGCGGAGUGGGGACAGUGCAGUGUGUCCUGUGGGGCGGGGUUACACCAGAGGGUGCGGCUGUGUGAUAGCCCCGCCCCUCAGUACGGGGGGAGGGACUGUGAGGGAGAACCUCUACAACUGCGCAGGUGUGACCAGGGACCCUGUCCGGUUCACGGCCAGUGGGGACCAUGGGGACCUUUCAGCGCCUGCAGCGCCACCUGCGGCGAGUCUACGCGCAGCAGGAGGAGGCAGUGUGACAGUCCGGAGCCCCAGUUCGGCGGGAAUGACUGUGCGGGGAAGGCGCGCGACAGAGAGCGCUGUAACGUGGGCCCGUGUCCUGUUGACGGCGAGUGGGGACAGUGGGGCCGAUGGUCCAGCUGCAGUGUGACAUGCGGGACUGGGGUAGUACGGCGCACGCGCGUUUGUGACAGUCCGGCCCCACAGUUCGGCGGACGGGAGUGUCCACCAAACGACGGCGGCGAUUCACAGUUCAUGGAGUGUAAGAACACACGCGUGCCCAACUGUCCAGUUGACGGCGGUUGGUCGGACUGGUCCCAGUGGGGCCGCUGCUCGGCCAAGGCGUGUACGGGACAGGUGGGGUACCAGGUCCGCUCACGCGCCUGCAGGAACCCCCGGCCCAAAUUUGGCGGGAAAUUCUGCAGGGGACAGCUCAUUGAGUCACGUGACUGCAUCAACGUCAGAGGCUGCCCAGUGGAUGGCCAGUGGGGUGAGUGGGGCCCCUAUGGCGCAUGCUCGAAAACGUGUGGCAGAGACAGCUUCCAGACGAGCAUGCGCAGUUGUGACAACCCCGAGCCCCAGAACGGAGGGAGGGAGUGCGAGGGAGAGAACAGCAAAACCAAACCGUGCCGAAAUCUCCCAGCUUGUCCGGAUGCAGUUGACGGAGGUUGGAGUGCCUGGGGACGGUGGGGGCCCUGCUCACAGACCUGCGGUAUAGCGUUCCAACAGCGCGUACGGACGUGCGACAACCCAACUCCAAGGCACGGGGGCCGAGACUGCCCGCAGUCGGCGGUGGACCACAGACGGUGCCGCGGUCUGCCGCUACAGUGUCCUCCCGGAGGAGGCGAAGAGCCGGAAGGUAUGGCCGGAUAGGACUCAACUAAAACC